CGGAGCCGCGCCCGCCAAAGACGGCAGUCCCGAUAGCUUAGAAAGCCGCAAAAGACGAAAUGCUUGGCGUUAUUGUACCAUCUCCAACUCCCGUCAAAUUGAACAGCGAUGACUCUUACCCGCAGAUAGAACAUUCUUUAUCAUAUUUGGCGAGCUUUGUUACGAGCGUUGUUAUAGCCUGUUUGGAUCAAUAGAUAAUAAUAACUCGAGCAAUCGUGCGUGAAUUACAGAAACGAAAAAAAAGGGCAAAAGAAUAGACGAGGAAGCUUGACCCGAAUACCAACCAUGUCAGCCAACGGAGCGCCACCCGAGACGGACGAAUUCUGGAUCUUCGGUUAUGGCUUGAUAUGGAAACCCCCUCCGCACCAUGAUCGACGGGUACCCGGUUGGGUCACAGGCUAUGUUAGACGGUUCUGGCAGGCAAGUCAGGACCACCGCGGCACACCUGAAGCCCCCGGCCGCGUCGUCACUCUCAUCGAGCGGUCAUUCUGGGAAUCCCUCGUUGAUUCGCAUGACUCGGCGCCCGAGAAGGUAUGGGGUACCGCGUACCGAAUCCAAGCGGACAAGGUAGCCGAGGUAAAGGAGCACCUCGACAUCCGGGAGAUCAACGGGUACACGAUCCACUAUACGCCCUUCCAUCCGGCGGACGGGUCGCCGUCCAUCCGCACUCUAGUUUACAUCGGCACCCCCGACAAUGAUCAGUUUACGGGACCGCUAGACCCGCAGGCCCUCGCCGAGCACAUCUACGUUAGCGAGGGCCCCAGCGGUCUGAACGUGGAUUACCUGUUGAGUCUGGAGAAGGCCCUUAACGAGCUAAGCCCAGAGAGUGGCGACGCUCACGUCACGGAUUUGUCGAAUCGCGUGCGCGAGAUUGACCGCCAGGGCGAGAUACAUGUGGAAGAUUUCGAACAUCCUAUCUCGCACCGGUUUAGGAAAGCGAGCAGCGUAGACGAGCAGGAAGAGACGGAGAAGUUGUGAAUGAUAUCUUACAGGGGAGAAGAGAAAUUGUAAAGAUUUAGGUGCCGAGGUAAAGAAUCACGUUAGGUGCUUAGGUCAAGAUAUUUAACAGAGAAAAGUGUUGGAAAUCAUGUCGAUUGAUCUGAGCACUAUUGCUACAGUUCAUUCCCGGCUUCGCCUUCCCCUAUC